GUCAUGAUGACGUAUGUGCUGUCACCCCGAAUGGACCAAUGACAUCGACGCAUUCGAGUCUUGUACAACUUCCGGUAACGCCUCCUCCUCUCUUCCGGAUUUCUUAGCGUGACCGACGUUUCGUGUCUGUUUAGACUUAAAAAUGCGUUACGUGGCCGCUUACCUCCUGGCUGUGCUCGGUGGAAACACCAGCCCCAGUGCAAAGGACAUCAAGGCCAUCUUGGGCAGCGUAGGAAUCGAGGCUGAUGACGAACGCUUAAACAAGGUCAUUAGUGAGCUGAAUGGCAAAGACAUCAAUGAAGUCAUGAACUCAGGCCUUUCUAAGUUAGCCUCCGUACCAGCAGGUGGCGCUGUGGCGGCACCUUCCGCUGCUGGUGGUGGGGCUGCUGCAGCCGGGGCUGCGCCUGCUGCUGCGGAAGAGAAAAAGGAAGAGAAGAAAGAGGAAUCAGAAGAGUCAGACGAAGACAUGGGCUUCGGUCUCUUUGAUUAAUCUGCCUUCUCUGUGUUUAAAAAGCAAUAAAAAUGUAAAAGGUUUACACACUAA